GCUGGAUUUUGUAUUGGAGCCUGGUAAUCAGUUAGAUGAAGUGUUUGUUUCCAGCGCGGCCAUUGAUGAGAACAUCAGCAACCCUCAAAUGGGGCCACAGAAAAUGAGCAGCAAUGAAAUCCGGAGCCUCCCCAUGCUGCUGGGUGAAAGAGAUGUGAUGAAGGCGCUGCAACUCCUGCCUGGUAUCAAAUUAGCAGGAGAAGGGAAUAGUGGUUUUUAUGUCAGAGGAGGGGCGACCGAUCAAAAUCUGAUCCUGCUGGACGAAGCGCCCGUUUACAAUGCUUCUCACCUGCUCGGUUUUUUCUCCACCUUUAACCCCGAUGCAAUCAAAGACGUUACCGUCUAUAAAGAGGGGAUGCCCGCGCAAUAUGGUGGAAGAUUAUCCUCGGUCAUAGAUAUCAAAAUGAACGAAGGCAACAGCAAAGAAACUGCCGUAGAAGGAGGUAUCGGCCUCAUUGCUUCCCGGCUCAAAGUAGAAGGUCCAAUAGUCAAAGACAAAGGGUCCUAUAUGAUUAGUGGCAGGAGAACCUAUCUGGAUGCCUUCUUUAAAUUAUCCCCCAAUAAAUCCAUCAGUAAAAAUGCACUGUAUUUCUACGAUCUCAAUGCAAAAGCCAAUUACAAACUGGAUGAAAAAAACACCCUUUUCCUCUCAGGUUAUUUUGGAAGAGAUAAACUGAACCUCGUCAAUAUCUUUGGCUUUGAUUGGGGGAAUGCAACGGUAACCAUGCGCUGGAACCACUUAUAUGGUCCGAAGCUGUUUUCCAAUACCUCUCUCAUCUACAGCUAUUAUAGCUAUGAGAUCAAUAACCUGAUGGAAGACGCUAACUUUGAAGUCAAUUCAUUCAUCAGAGACUUUAACUUAAAGCAAGACUUCCAGUAUAGUAUCAGCAAUAAACAUCAAUUGAAAUUCGGCCUUAAUGCUAUUCAUCAUACCAUCGCUCCCGGUAAGAUGACCGCCACCAGCGCAUCCAGCGUCAACCCCAUUACUUAUGAAAACCGUAAAGGACUUGAACUAGCCGUCUAUCUGACGGAUGAAUGGAGUGUGAGCGACAAAUUUAAAAUGGUCUACGGAUUACGGUUAAGCGGCUUCUCGGUAAUGGGGCCGGGUAAUUUCAAAACCUAUGAUGCCGAUGGUAAUCUCAAAGAAACCCAUGCUUAUAGCGCUGGUCAAUCUGUGAAAAACUAUCUCAACCUGGAACCCCGGUUUUCGGCCAGAUAUAAACUAAACAGUAACAGUUCCAUUAAAGCUGGUUAUACCCGGAAUACGCAGAACAUCCAUCUAAUGUCUAAUUCGAUGUCGACCUCUCCAACCGAUUUAUACAUUAUGAACAGCAAUAAUGUAAGGCCGGAAAUCGCAGACCAGGUCUCUACUGGUUACUUCAGGAAUUUCGAUGAUAAUCAGUAUGAAUUUUCUGCAGAAAUCUAUUACAAAUCAAUGCACCACCAAAUCGAAUACCGGAGUGGGGCAGAUUUGCGUGAAAAAGAUAAUGUAGAAGCUGAUUUGCUUUAUGGCGAUGGCAGAGCUUAUGGUAUAGAAUUGUUUUUCAAGAAAAGAUUCGGCAAAUUCAACGGCUGGAUAGGCUAUACCUAUGCUAAAACCGAAAGACAAUUUGAUGCGCUGAAUGAAGGCCGGUGGUUUAAUGCCAAACAAGACCGGACACAUGAUAUUUCUUUAGUCGGUAUUUACAAAGCGGGUCCCCGCUGGACAUUUUCUACCGUAUUUGUGUACAAUACAGGAAAUGCAGUGACCUAUCCGAGCGGUAAAUAUCAGGUUAACGGCAGAACCGCUUUCUAUUAUGCGGAUAAAAACGGUUACCGUACCCCAGCUUAUCAUCGUCUUGAUGUUUCAGCAACGCUGGAGGGGAAACCGGGUAAAGAAUAUCAAUCCAGCUGGACAUUUGGUGUUUAUAAUCUAUACAAUAGACAGAACGCUUUUGCAAUCAAUUUUAAGGAUGAUCCGGAUAAUGCUGCUAAAACACAGGUCGUGAGAACAACCUUAUUUGGAAUUAUCCCUUCCGUAACCUGGAACUUUAAAUUCUAG